AUGGUCAAGGAACAGGACGAUGAGUAUGACCCCGGACAAGAGUCCGUUCCUCCACCCCCACAGGUGAGCAAAGCGACACUCAUGAAAAGGCUGGCACGCCUGUGUGCACCGAGGGAGGAUGGCACAUACAAAAUCCCUACGGAUGUCAUCGAGACCUACCGGAACCUCGGCACUCGUGGUGAAGUCUACCGCAGCUUCGAGAAAUGUGGAUGCGACCCCGUGCUAUUCUCGAAGCGAAUCAACCGCAAGUACGAAGAGAUCAACGAAAAGACAGUGGAAACGGAGUAUGAGUUCCUAACAGAGCAGGAGAUGGAAGACAAGGGAUGGAGUGAGAAAUCCGAGUACUGUGAUGAGUGGAUGUACUGGGUGGCUGUGCGAGUGAAGGGGACCAACAAGAAGACCAAACGCCACACGGUGGCAGAGAUCUUGGAGGGCGACGACGGCGAGGCGCCGAUGGAGGAUCCUGAGUCGGCCAUGGACGACUACCCGUUCAAUCUCGAGGGUGACGGGGACAAGGAGAAAGAAGGUGAUGGGGCAUCCAGCGGCGAGAGCAGCGACGACGGCGAGGAAGCAGGUCGCAUCUUGAAGAAGCUCAACUUUCCCGAAGUGGGAAAGAAGCCUCAGGAUUCGUGCAUGGCUGUUGCGAGUUGCUUGCAAAAGAGACUUCAGAAGCUGCAACCUGUGAUGGACAAGCUUGAAGCUGUGCCGAGUCUGACGGACUCGCAAUCGAAGUACAGAGUCUCUGUCAAGACCGUGAUGGACAAGCUGGCCGAGCUGGAGGAUGCUUUGAGUACCAUCUACAGCAAUGGGAUUGCGGUUGGAUUCUCGAAAGAGGACCAGAAGAAGCUGCGGGCGCAUUUCCAGGCGGCCAAGACCAGGUCUGUGGAGGCCGAGCUGGUCUUUGAACGUUCCUCGGACGAAGACACGUUCGGGCGAGUCGCACAGUAUGCUGAAAUGCUCGGGGAUGGAGUCGGGGUCCUCGGAAGGCCCAAAGACAACGAUUUCUCCAAGGACGCCACUGCCAAGGACACCAAGCGGAUGGUGCGACAGCUGCAGAAUCCGGGCGAGUCGGAGGCAAAAAGGCGAGAGGCACCGAACGAGGAGAGGGAUUGCCACAGGCUUUUUAAACACUGGGGUUUAUCUUUGCCGGUGCCUGUAUCCGAAAAGACCUUCGCACUGGACGACAACGAGACAGCUGAUACUGCAUACAUACGAGUGCAAGACUGGCUGCAGUAUCUCUUGAAGCGAAAUCGUUCAUUGCUCGCUGGGGGCAACGAGUCUUUGGAGUUCCAGCUGGAGGCCUAUUGGAUGGCUUACAGACAGACGCACAGCACCCAUCCGGUGUUCGAGCGAGGGCUGGACCUCGGAACCACGAUUCCGUUGGCUUUUUACUCAGAUGAAGGCAAGGGCCCGAAGCGAGGCAACUUCGUGGUGGCCUCCAUCGAGUCGCCGAUAGGUUUAUGGGACGUAGCCGAGGACUUUACUUGCACUUGCAAAGAAGAUGUGGGGAAGGCUCCACAGCAGUUUGUUCCGGGCCAGCAAGCAGACGGCCCGUACUCGCCGAUGGAGGAGGCCGCCCUGAAGCAAAGCCAUACAAAUAAAGGUCACUCCUACCUGACCAGACAUGUGCUUUUCGGCCUCCCAGACUGGGUCUACAAACACCAUCCAGCGGUUUUGGAACAGUUGACCCAGCAGGUUGCUGACGAGCUCACCAAGCUUUUUUCUUCGGGCCUGGAGGUUGGUGGCAAGGUUUACACGGCCUGCCUUGUUGGGAUCAAGGGCGAUAUGAAACAAAUCGCUGAAAAAAUAGCUUAUCUCAACAGAUACUAUGCUCGCUUGGGCCCUGUGAACUACAACGGUGUCUGUGCACACUGCAUGGCGGGUACGAGCGCGGCUAUUCCUUUUGAUGAGCUGGCUCACGAGCCAUCCUGGGCUUCGACACUUUUCCAGCAGCGACCUUGGGACUCGACACCUGCCAUGUGCAGUGUCCCUCACGACAGCGAUGCACCGGAAAGAGUUCUGAAAUAUGACAUGUUCCAUCUUUUCAAAGUUGGGCUUGGGCGAGAUAUUUGUGGCUCCCUGGUUUUUUUGGCUCGCCUUGGAUAUUACGAUGAUCCGAGUGGCAGCGAUGAUACAAAUAUCAAGUCGAGGCUCAACCGCUGCUUCUCCCACUUCAAACUAUGGCGACUGGCAUCCCACAAGACCGCAGCUUUGCGAUACUUUUCGAAGUCGCUGUUCAAUCUGAAACGGUUGAGCGACUUCGCAUGGACGAACUCCAAAGGUUCGGAUACCAUGCUCUUGUUGGAAUAUCUCAGCUUCUAUGUGACGAUCUUGCUGAGAAAACCCAACUUGCCUGCUGCACAUGUUGUUUUGUUUCGUGUGCUGAAGAAGACGAUCCUGGAGUCGCAGAAGGCCUUCACUUUGAUGUACAAACAUGGUCUGUGGCUGAGGAGGGCAUGUGCCCAAAGUCUCUAUUUGAGGUUGAUGUCCGUACUGUCGGGCUACCAGCAUCUGGCUGCACAUGCGGUGACGAUGCAGAUGUCGUUCUAUGCCUUGAAACCCAAAUUCCACGGCAUCCACCAUGUGGCAUAUGAGAUCCGACAAGCAUUGCUGGCCAAUGCAAAGCUCAUCCCGAACCCCAUCAUGUGGGGGUGUGAGCAAGGAGAGGACCUUAUCGGUCGAGUCUGUUCCCUAUCGACCAAAGUUGCUGUGAAAACAAUCAGCAAGCGGGUGCUGCAGAGACACUUCCUGAAGAAAGCUGCUCUCAUUAGGAGGCACCGACAGAGCCGGUCCAAGCAGAAUCUGCGGCUCUGA